UUAUUUCGGUAAUUUCGAUUCCUAUCCCUAUAAUUAUUUAAUUUAAAUCUUUUUUUAUACAGAUCUCAGCAUCCCAUUCAAGCCAAAGCUUAUAUUAAGGCAAAGAAUGACAAGGUAGUGCAACUGGCUGCUGACAGGGAGGAAGUUGAAAAGGAGCUUGAUAGAUCUUCAAGUUUGAGAGGUUUCUUUCCAGCCACAACCACUAGUAAAAAAAGGCUGGAUAACCUUAGUAAAAAGUCUCCACCAUCCAGUCAGCAAGGUGAUCAUGAAAAACUUCAAGUAACUCUGGAUGAGUAUGUUAAGAUAACUAAAUGGGAUUCACAAAGCAGCUGUCAGCUUGAUUUUGAUACAGUUCUCACUCUGGCCUGCAUCAUGUCAAAUCUUCCUUUCAAUAUUGUGGAAACUCCAGGAAUGAAGUUGCUCUUGAACUAUUUGGCACCAAAAGCAAUCAUAAAAACACCAAAAACACUUACUACAACAAAGCUUGACAUGAUUCAUCGUAAUGUUGAAAAGGCAAUAACCAAUCAACUUGAGGAAGAAGUACCAGAAUGUGAAAGUGUAGCUUUUACAUCAGAUGGUUGGACUGCAAAAAAUGGUGAUCCUUUUGAAUCUCUCACACUCCAUUACAUCAACAGUGAUUUUGAGUUGAAAAAGUACAGUUUGGACUGCCAAGCUCAUUUAAAUAGGAAAACAGGUCCUUUACUUGCCGAAGGAUUAGACACUAUGAUUUCAAAAUAUAAAGUCUUGGCAAGGCCUGACCUAGAAAGAACAUGUGUGACUGAUGGUGCAGCUAACAUGAAGGCAGCUGUCAGUUUAGCAACUUUAUUGGACAAGCAAUUGGUGUGUGUUGAUCACAUGUUGAACAAUUGUUUUAAAGACACAUUAGGAAAUGGUGAGGUUAAGGUAAUUGUUGAUAAGUGCAAGAGACUUGCUCAAAGGACACAUCAAAGCACUAAGGAUUGGUAUGAAAUCAAACAAGAAUGUGAAUCUCUAGGGUGUAAUCCAAUCAAGCUAAUCCAACCAGUGCAAACAAGAUGGAAUUCAAAUGCAAUGCUGUUCAAGUCAGUGUUAAGAAAUGAGCAAGGUUUGAAGUCUGUCAGAGAUAACAGCCUGAAUGCAAACUUGACAAUACUUAUACCAAGUGAUGAAGAUUUUCAAGUAAUUGCAGAACUUCAUCCUUUCUUGGCAAAAUGUCAAGAAUACUCAGAGAUUUGGUCCUCAGAUAAAACACCUACAGUUCACAAGAUCCAGCAACACCUCUUUUCAUUGAUUACUAUGUGCCAUAGGACAGUUACACAAAAUUCUUCAGGUUCAAGAAUUGCUAAAGAUGCAAUGACCAGGUUUAUAGAAUACUUGAAAACUAGGAUUCCAGAUAAAGGCACUGAAGUUAAUGACUUUAAUCUUGCAAGUGUGUUUGAUCCAUUUUAUAGAGGUUAUUCUAUCACAUUAAUCAAGGGCAACAAAGAUCAUUUAGAUGGAAUAAUAGACCAACUGGUAGAUAAUCAUCCAACUACCAGAGAAUACAAUGAGGCUUAUGAGGCUUCAUUACCUUCUGCAAUGCCAAACUUAGAUGAAGAUAUGGAUGAUUUUGAGAGAAUGGCCAUGGAAAAUGAUGGAAAUGAUGCACCAACUUUGGCAGGACCAUCAGAGCCUCCUCUGAAGAUGGAAUUUAAGAGGUACUUGUCUAUGCAAAAGCCAGCUAAGGAUGUGAAGGUUUUGGAAUGGUGGAAGGUCAAUCAAAAGGAACUGCCAUUACUAGCUGCUAUGGCAAGGAAGUACUUGUGUCCACCAGUGACUUCAUGCUCUUCAGAAAGGCUAUUUUCAUUAGGAGGAAAUAUUAUUAGUGAUAAAAGACACAAUAUGAAGCCAGAGACCCUUCAAAAAUAAUGUUCAUAAAAGAAAACUUUCCACUAGUCAAAUCAAAAAUAAGGUCCUGAGACAAAAAAUGCCCUGGUGAACCAGGCUAUCAGUCUCAACCUCUACCAUCCACCUCUCAAGAUCAACCUCUACCAUCCACCUCUCAAGAUCAACCUCUAUCAUCAACUUCACAGACUCAACCUCUACCAUCACCUUCUCAGACUCAACCUCAACCAUCUCCAUCUACACUAACCCAAUCAACCAAACAGAAAAAAAUGAAAAGUUUUUUGAAACCAAAUGAAUCACAGUCUCAAAGUCUACUACAAAGAGCUAAAAAAAGGAAACUUGUACUUGAAUCACCAAUGAAAAAAUCACCAAUGAAAAAAAACCCUAUAUAUGAUGCAUCUAAAGAUUUAUUUAAUACUGAAGCUAGUGAUAGUUCUACUAGCGUAGCUUAUAGCAGUGCUAGUAGUAGUCGCAAUGGCAGCAAGGACAGUGUCACUGAUCUCACUGAUAGUGAUUUAGAAUAACUGUAUUUUUCAACUGUAGUUCAACUGUAUUUUUGAAAAUAAAAAUUAAGAAAAUUCAAGUUUUUCAAUUCUUAGUAACAAUUUCGAUUCUUUGUAGCAUUUUCGAUUUUUUGCGAUAUUUCCCGCUAAGAACCGAAAUUGGAACCAAAAUUUACGGUAAUUUCGAUUAUUGCCUAAAAUUAGAAAUCGAAAAGAACCGAAGUUAUCGUAUAUUAUCAGAAUCGGAAUCGAAAUUUACCGUAAUAACGAUUCUUUCUUAAAAUAAGGAAUCGAAAUUUACCGUAAUAACGAUUCUUGCCUAAAAUAAGGAAUCGAAAAGAACCGAAGUUAUCAGUUUUUUUUCAAAUUAGGAACCGAAAUUUACCAAAGGAACCGUUUUUCGGUAAUUCCAGUCUCUAGUUGUCUCAUACCCUUGAAUGAAUUAAAUUUUUGCAAAAAUAAGUAACUUUGCUUUUUAACUAAAACUUUGCUUUUUAAAAAACUUUGCUUUUUAAAUAAAACUUAGGGUUUGAUUUAGUUUUUUAUCAAACUGUAUUUAACAACUGUGUCUAUUGGAUUGUAUACCUUUGUUAUAAUUUUGAAAAUUCAGUUGAUUUAUUUGGGCCUUAAUUUUACCUUUUUUUAUGUUUAUUACCAACUUGUUAUUUCAAAACCAAUUUGAUAACAUCAGUGUUGUUGAUUAAUGCUUGUGUAGUUGUCACCUAAUUAUAUUACAACACCUGUGUGUUUAAUAACAUUAACAGUGUGGUUUAAGCUUUUUGUAUUUCAGGAAGGGAUUUUUUAAGGAUUUUUAACAUAGUAGUUAGGUACAUUAUUUAAAAGAGCAGAAUGGUCAAUUUUGUCAAUUUUCCAAUUUAACAUGCCCCAACAAAAUUACAGUUAUUGAUUAAUUUACGUAAGUUAUAAUAAGCUAUGUUAGUUUUUUGUAAAUAAUUUUACUGCUGUUUUUCUGGAUUUCCAAAAACCAAAUAGCUUAUUAUAUAAAGUUUAUGUUUCUUAAGAUAUUUGAUUGGUAAUGAAGUACUCUCAAGAACUUUUAAACUCACUUGUAAGACAUAACAUUUUCACACUUUUUUCCACAAAAAGAAGAAAAAUGAUUUUUUUUUUGUUAUAACAGAUGUCCUUCAUGUGUAAAUAUUGCCUAACCCGACCUCUCAGUAAAUGUAUGUACUUGAGUAAAUACUGUCUAACCCGACCUCUAAGUUAAUGUAUGUACCUAAGUAAAUACUGUCUAACCCGACCUCUAAGUUAAUGUAUGUACCUAAGUAAACAUGACUAAAAAUUGAAUAAACUAUUAUAAAUUUGCAUUCUUAAGGCCUAAGAACUUAAGUCAAAAAAGCUGCUAAUUUUUCUCAAUUUUUCAUAAUGAGUUUCACAUUGAUCUUGACAAACAAUACUUGGAGAAAUAUGCUGAGGACUUCCAGGGAUGUGGUCAAGGCUUGCAGCAGUUUGGUGAGGUAACAGGUUAAGUUUGGUAUUCUAGAGUGCUUUUGACAAUUUUAUAUGUUGACCUUUAAUUGUCAGAAAAAGGUAAAAAAACAUAAUUUUUUUGAAGAAAACGAAUAAAAGUUUGUGACGUUAAUUUAUGUCUUACACAUACACGUCUCCCUUAAAUACCUAAUAAAUGGAGAAUCGAGGUUUGGGCAAGGUGUGGCGUAUCUGGAAUUAUUCAUGAUUUUUAAAUGUAUCUAGAAAAAUUAUUUAAGUAGGUACCUGAUAAUAUUGGACUAUUGAAGGGCAGAAGAUAAUGAUGGACUAUUGAUAGGCAGUAAUGUCGUGCAUAGGCUAACAAGGACACUUGAAAAAAUAAAAGCUUAAAAAAUUAUUUUGACAAUUUCUUUUUUGUGCGUGUGUGUGCCAAACUUGGUAUUAAAAAAAUGUUUUUGAUAACUUGAAGAAUGCCAUAAAAGGAAUAUAACGAGAAAAAGUUUUUAAAAAGAGGCAUUGUUAGUGUAGAUUACUUGGUAGAUGCCGGAACUAUCAUAGUCCUGUGAUAGAACAUUGUACUGCUUCUAUGAUGCUUAGUUUAUUGAUGCAAGAGUAAGGUUCAGCUGCAAAAAAAUUGUGUUAAAAAGAAAAGUUGAUAUUAUUAACCGCCUAAAAAAUAGUUAAA